CAGUACUCACUCACACAAGACAUCUCUUCUCUCCACAUCUCCGGCUCCUAUCAAUCAGCUCAACCACAGUACCAUGGAGUCCUCGUCGCCGCACUCGCCGCCGUCGCUGCGCCACAAGCUGCGGACCACCGUGUGCGGCUGCUUCGGCUCGCCGUCGUCACCCGGCAGCAGCGGGGAGAGGCCGCAAAGUGGCGGCAGGGCCAAGUGGAGAAGGCGCGUGGCGGCCGCGGGAGAAUUUAGGUACGACCCGCUCAGCUACGCGCUCAACUUCGACGACGGCGACACCGACGCGGACGACAACGCCUUCCGGCACAGAAACUUCAGCUCGCGCCUGCCGCCUUCGCCGGCGCCGGCCUCCCGCGCCGUCGCCAUCGCCUGAAGUCCUUUGCUGCUUCUGUAGCUUUUGUCUCUCUGAUUUUUCUUCUUCUCCGGGUGAGACUAAAUCAGUUCUGUAAAAUACAGCCGUGCAAAUCGUGGCGUGGUAGUAGUAGCAGUCUACCAGUAGCAUCAUUGUAUACAUAUAGGAAUCCAUAAAUGACAAUUGUAAUGUUCCGUCGGUCCUCAAUGCAAAGAUGAAUCCAUAAUUGUAA